AUAGUGUUUCCCUGGCAUGUGAUGUAUGCUCGCUGGCUCCACUGUUCUUUUUCUGACACAGAAGUCUUCUGUUUUGUCUCUUAGUCAUGCUUAUAUAUUCUCUGAUUUAAGUUUUUUUCAAUCUACCCUUAAAACAGUUUAUCAAUUUUCUCCCUCCCAAACUCAAAUUAUGUCUACUUCGUCUUCGUUGUCGUCUAUUUGGUCAGUUUCUUAUAGAAAGCUUAAGUUCUUUUCUAGAAUCCGUAGGUUUUUGCAAUCCAAAGCCGUUAGGAAGGGAUCAUACCGGUCUUCGUCAACGUCCGAUAAUUCAAAUAAGUUAAGAACAAAAGACAACAAUGAUAAAGAUGAGGAAGAUCAUCAGCUAGUUAUGGAGAAAGAAAGCGAACUGGAUGGUUCCGUGAUGUUACAAAAAUCUGUGAAGAGGCUCCACUUUGGGAGCUGGGAAGAGAAAGAGAUGGCUGCUAUAGCUAUUGAAAAACUCGCUAAAGAAGACGUUAAGGCAAGGAAAUUGAUGGCAGAGCUUGGAGUUAUACAUAUGCUUGUUUCCAUGGUGGCUACUGAGGUAGUUGGUCGCCAUCGAGCCGCUAUUAAGGCGUUGAUCCAGCUUGCUAAUGGAAAUUCUACAAACAAGGCUUUAAUGCUAGAGGCUGGAAUACUGUCAAAAUUACCAAAAUAUAUUAACGUUGUAGACGAACAAACAAGGCAGGAAUUUGCAGAACUGUUAUUAUCCUUAUCUUCUAUAUCAAAUACGGAUUUCUGUCCGAACAAGCCGGAGAUCCUCCGGUUUCUGAUUGGCAUACUUGAGUCACCUUGUAGCUUUGAAACUAAGGAACUUUGUUUAGGUGUAUUAUAUAACUUGUCUGCUGUGUUAGAGAAUGCUGGAGCUUUAGUAUCUAAUGGAGUCGUCCACACGCUUUUGAACCUAUCUUCUUCGUUCAAAGAACUUUCAGAGAAAGCGCUUGCAGCAUUAGGUCAUUUGGUGGUGACAUUAAUGGGGAAAAAGGCAAUGGAAGAUAGUUCAAUGGUACCGCAAAGCUUGAUCGAGAUUCUAACAUGGGAGGAUAAACCCAAAUGCAUAGAAUUAUCGGCUUACAUUCUAAUGAUUUUAGCUCAUCAAAGCUCGACUCAAAGGGAUAAAAUGUCAAAGGCAGGGAUCGUUCCUGUCCUCGUUGAAGUGUCCUUAAUGGGAAGCCUUUUAGCUCAAAAGAGAGCAAUGAAAUUGUUGCAGUGGUUUAAAGAUGAAAGGCAAGCAAAGAUGGGACCUCAUUCAGGACCACAGACAGGAAGGGUUCCAUUAGGUUCACCAUUGCAUCCAAAGGAGGCUCAAGAAGGGAAGAAAAUGAUGAAAAAUUUGGUGAAGCAAAGUCUUCAUAAGAAUAUGGAAAUGAUUACUCGAAGAGCAAAUGCUGGUGGUGUUGUUGAUUCAUCUAAUCUCAAAUCAUUAGUUUCUAAAAGCUUGACUUUCUAAGUUUUCUUUUUAGUCAUCAAAAUUUUGUUUUGGGAACGCAAUUCUUUGAAAAUGGAAUGUAAUUAUGACACUAUUUCUUAAAGUUGGAGACUGUGUAGAUAGAGUUUUCAUUAAAUCGAAAUCAUCAAUGAAACAACUGAUUGAAAGUU